AUGAAUAGACAAUUCAUUCCUGAAUUUCCAGUAAUACCAAUGAGAAAGUCAGAUCCUGCAGAUGUUACUUAUGCUUUUACUUAUGCGCUCCAGAGUUGUGUAUUAGAAAAAAAUGCAAUGUUAGCACUACAAAGUUUGAGCCAGUUAAGACAACAGAUCAUUUCAGUUGAACCAUCUCAACAACUAAGAGAUAUUUCAUGGAAGUAUUACCAAUACUUAAACCAGUUAUCAGGAAGAGUAACUAUUAAUCUACAUUUUACAUGGUAUGACACCUAUUUACAAGAAGAUAGCAAACCAAAGAAAUUCACAUACUCAACACUUGAUUUUGAAAAGGCAAAUGUUAUGUAUAAUAUGGGGUGUUGUUGUAUGGCUCUAGGUUCUUCUUUUUCAAAAACAACUGAUGCAAAUUCUCUUAAAUCAGCUGUUCAAUCAUUUCAACAAGCUGCUGGUGCAUUCCAAAAAGCAGAAGAUUGUGCUCAACUAUGUGCAACGAAUAGUGGUGAUCUUCAUCCACGUAGAUUACAGACACUAACAACUUUAGCGUUAGGAUGUGCUCAUUUAAUUAUGCAUAUUAAUGCCGUUGCUCAAGGAAAAUCUGUGUCACUUCAAACCAAACUAGCAGCAGCAGCAGCAAACCAGUUAGUCCCAUCAGUAGAUGCAUUUAAAACAUUUUAUAAAAUUACGAUUGGAUUUAAUUUCCUUUCUAAUUUUAUUAUUAUUAAAGACUAUGCCAUUUAUUGUGUACAAACAUUAGCUGCUAAAGCUGCAGAAGAAAAAAUGGAAUAUGGAGAACAGGUAAAACGAUUAAAAUGGGCAAUGAAAGCUAUGUAUCAAGCAUAUAAUAUGGCUUAUAACUCUGCUAAUAAAGAUGCAUUAAAAAAGAUUUAUACUGAAGCUAAAGCAGCCUACACUGAAGCAGAAAAAAAUAAUAAUAACAUUUAUAUGAAUAAUUUACCAAGAAGAAGAGAUCUUCCACCAAUAACUGAAGUACUUGCUGCAAAACCAAUUGAAUUAGAAACAAUAGAAAAUCUUUUUGAUAAUAUCCUUCCAGCUAAUUUAUCAAGGGCAUUAAAUGAAUAUAAUACUAAAGCUCAAAUUAUAUUAAAUGAUUCAAAAAAAGUUUGUGAAAGUAAAACAAAUGAAGGAAAUAGAAUUAUUAAUAGUUUAAAAGGAAACUCAAGUGAUAUUCCACAAGAUAUUAUUAUAAAUUCUAAUAGACUAAAGCAAUUAAAUACAUACAAUUCUAUUCGUCAACAAAUGGAAUUCAUUACCACUAUUGAUGCAGAAACAACUGCUUCAUUUGAAAAAGGAAUAAUUGCAUUAGAUUCUGAAGCAGCUGAAGAAAGGAGAUUAAGAGGACAAUAUCCAUAUCAAUGGAAACGUAAAGCAUCAGAAAUGGCAGCAUAUAAUUAUCGUAGAGAAAGUGAAAAGUAUAGAGCAUCAUUAAAACAAGCUAAAAGUAUUGAUGAUAAUAUGAUAAAUAAAUUUAGACAAUUCGAGAAUGAUAUUAAAUUGUUAUGUGAAGGAAAUAUUCAACAAUUAUUUGGAACAAAUAAUAUUAGUAUUGAACAUAUUGAAAUGAGAUGGAAAGAAAUUGUUCAAGAACGACAAAUUGCUCUUGACAAUAUGAUUAAAAUAUAUGAAAAGAAUGAAAAGGAUAAAAUUGGAGUUAUUAAAGGAGGAAAUGGAAAUAGUCAAUGCGUUAUAAAUUUAUUGAAGGAGUUUGAUAGUACUAAAAAUAUUAUUCAACAAAGUCUAUUUAAACAAGACAACUUAUUUAGAGAAAUAAAUAAUGGAAACAGACCCGCUGCUAUUACUGGAAUGGUCCAAAGACUAAGAAUAGCUAUCAAUGCUGCUGAUGAAAUUUUAAAAAUUUUACCUCAAAGUAUUCAAUUCCAUCGUGACGCUAAAAAUAAAAUAGAUAAUUUUCAAAAUGAGUGUAUUAAAUUCCAAAAUCAACGACAACAAGAAGCACUUUCUAUGGUAGGUUCAAUUACAGGAAAUAACCAAUCUCAACAACAACCUUACAGUUAUGGAACUGGUCCAAUGUUUCCAUCUCUUUAA